CUUUGCUGAACAUUUAUUUCAGUGAGUUGAGCUGCUAGAUCUAUGAAACCUGUAAGCAGUUCUACAGAUCUUUAUUGCCGCAUCAGAGUUUUUAACAACCCACAAAAAGAAGAUAAAAGAGAAGAUGCCUCGAUCUGAGCAAACCAGAAAAACUCUCUCCGAUCACAGGAAAAGUCUCCAGGAUCUAAAAAAGUCCUAUGAAGCAAGUGAAGAGGCUGAGAAACAGCAGUUAUGGGAGAUUAUCAAGGAUGAAUUGCAGGAGAUCCUGAAGAAGUACUCCUUAGACUUCUCAAAAGAACAAAUGAAGAUCUUCAACGACCCCAUUCAUGGUCACAUUGAGCUGCACCCCCUGUUGGUGAAGAUCACAGAUACUCCUCAGUUUCAGAGAAUGAGACACAUCAAACAGCUGGGAGGAACAUAUCUGGUGUAUCUGGUUGGUUUCAACAAUCGCUUUGAACACUCACUUGGGGGCUCCCAGUCCAGACGUCGUAUCUUUCAGGGGAAGACCUUUCAGUUCCAACAUGACAAUGCCAGAACCACAUACUGGAUCAAUCACAACAUCAUUGGCUGCGUAGAAGAUGGAAUCACCGGCGACUACUGA